AUGGAAGAAGUCACCGGAAAGCUUGUAGAAGCUUUUGUAGCAUUUCAUGAGAUGAAUACCAAUCCUGCAGCUGUAACACAAGAAAAAAUUAACGAAAUUUCUACUACGAUUGACAAUUGUGCAAAAGAUUACUUUUCAAUAUACGCAUUCAUUCAUAUAAUCAAGUCCCAUCCAGAUACUAUGAUUCGAUAUUACGCUGUGACCAAUUUUGGUCUUGCAUUUAAGUAUAAUUGGAUAAAUAAUGAUAAACAAACUGAAAUUUUAACUCUUUUAUUCAAUAUUUUAGCAACAGAAGAGAAUGCAAGAAUCAGAGAAGGUAUUGUUGCUAGAAUUUCCAAGUUAACAUCAGAAUUUUUAGGAGAACUUUGCAUUCAAUUUGCUCGCGAUGCUAUGAAUUCUCAAUCACCAAUUCACUUACUCUCUGCAGUCAAUCUUAUUGCUUCAACUGCUAAAUUAUACUCGAAAGAAGACCCAAUUCCAGAAUUUUUAAGAAAUCUUGCCAAACUCUCAAUCUCCUUAGGAGACACAGAACUUACACUUGCAUCAUACGAUAUGAUCUAUAAAUACUACAUUGAAUCUCAAGCCGACAACAAUGAUGACAUUCAAGAAAUUUUCCAAAGUUCUGUCCAACUCUUACCACAAUAUUUCGAAAACAAGCAGUUAUUCAGCCAGUUAUGUAGGAUUAUUUCCAAUCCUCUUGACUUAGGAGCUGAUUUCACUCCAUUAGAAAACGUCACUGAAAUAAUAUUGGAUCUUUUCAACAGAGAAGCAGAUCCAGCAAUUUUAUCUGAUUGUGUUCAAGUUAUUGAUGCUCUUAUGUCUGGUUACCCUGAAUUUAUGUCGCAACAAGAAUUUAUUCUCCCUCUCUACAACAGAUACGUCGAGGUUGCAUCGGCAAACUUCAUAGAAGGUGCACAAUUAGUCGAUCAGCAGCUUGUUGACAUCUUCCAGUACUUAGUUUCCAGUUUAUCCCUGAAUAGUGACUUUCUUGAGCAUGUUUGGUCAUCAAAGGACGCUUUGAUGGAGUCAGAAGCAGGCCAGGUCAUCUGCUUCCUCACAACAGAGUACGCAAUGCCAAAUGGCCAUGAUUUUUACGAAAAUAUUCUCGACGAACUAGUAGAUUUCAUCGACCAAGGCCUCCACUCAGAAUUUCCGGCGGUUUUCGAUACAACUGUUGCAUGCUUAAAUGUAUUUAUUGACCAAUUUGAGGCAAAUCUUGAAGAUUACGCCUCAUUACUGGAAGAGAGCCUCUUAGACCUGAUAGAGCAGCACCAGAACUUUGAUUCAAUAACAAUUCUGGACUGCAUCUUCAGAACUGUCAAAGAUUCAGAUAAUAUUUUCGAAAGAGCGCUAAAUCUCUUUGUUGCUCUUGUUGAAACAGUUCCCAAAGACCUUAGAUAUAUCUGCAUCCGUGCAAUAGCCGAUUUGUCCAAGUCCAGCCAGUCAUUAAUUGAACAAUACGCAGAACAAGUCUUUAACAUCGUCAACAUGAUCAUCCAAGCUGACGAAGACUCAGAACUCAAUGAACUCAAGCCAGAAGCUGUUUCUGUCCUGGGAAUUCUCAUUUCCAGAGUUCCACAAUUAUUUGCCUCUAAUUUAGAAGAGAUUUCCUCAUUUGUCAUUGAGUCCUGGCAGUCUGAGACAGAUUCAACCCUUGUUAUUGACAGCCUGAACACAUUUGGCUACAUGAUCAACACGUAUCAAGAGCAAAUCAUCUCCAUCAUCCCAGAUGCGCUCCAAAUCAUCUCCCAGCUCUCCAAGCAGGACAAAACCAAAGACCUUGUCGACCUUACAGCCGCCCUUGCAGAACAGGCCAUGGUUACCGACCAAGAAGGCGAGGACACAAACGAAAACAACAUUUUUGCCAACGAAGACGAGUACAAGAUUGCCGGAGCUUCAUGUCUCUUGUACGGAAACAUCCUCAUGACUUACUCCGACCUGCUCCAGCAGUACAUCGAAGACUUCCUUGGUACUGUCUCCAUUUUGACUGACUCUGUCUUAGACUUCUCCAUCUCCUACGCAAUGCGCGGUCUUUCCUACGUAAUCGAGGCGAUGGGCUCUGUCGGCUUCUUCGAUCCGGAAGUGAUCAAGAAGAUCAUGGUCAACGCGCACUCCGCGGCUGAGUCGAACAACUCCGACAACGUCGCCUGCGCCAUCGAAGUAUACGCUGUCUGUGUCUGCGUCUUCGGACUGGAGCACCUCGGGGAGGAGUUCGGACAGAUUAUCGACAUCCUCGACAGCGUCGUCAGACUGAACCACGCUUGUUACGACGGCAACCUGGAGAUACCAGAGGGAUUCUUCGGGCCAGUCAGGCAGUUGUUCAGGGAGAUCUUCGCUGUUUUCGACGGAAAGGAGCUGCCGGAAGAAGUUACGAAGAUGAUUGACGAAGCGAUCAUUCCUCUGCUGGACAAGAGCUCAGAGCAGGCUGCAUUUUCACUCGGAGUGUUGAGCAGAUUCGUCGAAUCACAGAAUGUUUCAGACGAAUUCGCAACAAAUGUCUUGGAAAGAGCAUUGAACACUCAGCUGAAAUUCGCGAUUUACGAAGGUUUCUAUUUCAUUAAAUGUCUGGCAAUAAAGAAACCAGAAAUAAUACAGAACCAUGCAGACUACAUCAAACAGCUGUUCCACACAAAACUCACGCAGAAAGGCAAGUCUGCAUCCGCUUACAUGAUGAUGAAAGAUAACUUGGUCACGUGCUUCGGACAGAUUGUAAUGAACAUCCCGAAUGUCUACAGCGAUGAUGAGUUGCCGCUGUACUUCGACAGGAUUCUGGAUCUGAUGCCAGCAAACGAGGACCACCGUGAGGAUGCCUCAAUGCUGGAGUUCUUCUUCUGGAUCGCUCAGAGGUACAACGUUCCAGAAAAACUAGCAGCAGUAUUAAUCAGAUUCUUCGCGAUGCCAAAAGAGAUUUUGGUGAGCACUGGAAUAGGAGAGGAACAGAUCGGAACUAUCAAGUUGGCAUUGAAUAAACUGCUUCAGCAGAUUCCAAAUUAUGAACAGUUUAUUAUGAAUGUUUGCAAGAAUGAUGAAAUCAAAAUUGCUCAUGUUAGUCAGAUGCUUAACUAA